UACCUGCAGGGGUUGAAUUCACACUGAUGGCACAGUACGGUCGAUGCCUGCCUUUCUUUGUGAAUUAAGAAAUGUCCACACCCAAAUAAUUGACCACUCUGAGAAGCCACAUUGGUUGGGCCCUGCGUGACUCUUCUCUCCGUGUGCUUCCGUUUUUCCUCUAAAACGCAAGGUUCAGUGUUUAUUUUUUUCCUUUUUGGUCAGGUUGGAAUACUGUGGAAUUAAAUACUGGUUGGUAAGCACAGACCCAAAAGGCAAGACUUGAGUUGAGACCACUGACUACUUAUAAAACCUUGGAAAAGCCCUUGCUUACUGGCCUCGGUUUUCCAUCUGGAAAAGGGGGAGAUUGGAUUAGGACCCUGAUAUCCUUCUCGAGGGAUAUGAGACAUCCAUCAUAAGCUCCAGAGAGUUGCCUUCUACGGAGCCCAGCAGAGGAGUGGGCAAACAUGAAGUCCAGUCCUGCCAUCCAAGCUGCCAUUGACCUUACAGCGGGGGCCGCAGGGGGCACGGCAUGUGUACUGACUGGGCAGCCCUUUGACACCGUGAAAGUGAAGAUGCAGACGUUCCCCGACCUGUACAGGGGCCUCACCGACUGCUGCCUGAAAACCUACUCCCAAGUGGGCUUCCGCGGCUUCUACAAGGGGACCAGCCCAGCGCUGAUUGCCAACAUCGCCGAGAACUCUGUCCUCUUCAUGUGCUACGGCUUCUGCCAACAGGUGGUGCGGAAAGUGGUUGGAUUGGAAAAGCAGGCCAAGCUAAGUGAUCUGCAGAACGCGGCCGCUGGUUCCUUCGCCUCUGCCUUUGCUGCUCUCGUGCUUUGCCCCACUGAACUCGUGAAGUGCCGACUACAGACCAUGCAUGAAAUGGAGUCGUCAGGAAAGAUAGCCAGAAGCCAUAACACAGUCUGGUCCGUGGUGAAGAGCGUCCUCAGGAAGGACGGCCCCUUGGGCUUCUACCACGGCCUCUCCAGCACUUUACUCCGAGAGGUGCCAGGCUAUUUCUUCUUCUUCGGCGGCUACGAACUGAGCAGGUCGUUUUUUGCAUCAGGAAGAUCGAAGGAUGAACUAGGCCCUGUCCCUCUGAUGUUAAGCGGUGGAGUUGGUGGAAUCUGCCUCUGGCUGGCCGUGUACCCAGUGGAUUGCGUCAAAUCCAGAAUCCAAGUCCUUUCCAUGUCUGGAAAACAGGCAGGAUUUGUCGGAACCUUGAUAAGCAUCGUGAAAAAUGAAGGAAUAACGGCCUUAUAUUCUGGACUGAAACCUACUAUGAUUCGAGCAUUCCCUGCCAAUGGGGCGCUAUUUUUGGCCUACGAGUACAGCAGGAAGUUGAUGAUGAGCCAGUUUGAAGCAUACUGAAGCGUCCUGGUGAACCUAGAUCCAAGUAUCGGCGUUUGAGGACGACAGUUCAUCUCAGGGUUUCGUGGAGUACAAGACCAAUGUAGAAUUACUUUGGUUUCAUAAGAAUUUUAUUUUUUGGUCUUCCCUUAUCCUACCCUAAAUCUUAAACUUUAUGGAAGAGCCUCUAUUUUAUAUCCUAUAAUUUUUGCCUGUAAUCAAAUAGAAAAGUUGCUGCUCUUGUCCUCGGUGGGGCAUUUAGGGUGAGCCGCUGGCCCCUAUGUCCAAUCUGAAAGGCUAAAUGUAGUUCUGUCAGGGCUUUUGCAUAAACCUGUAUGUGUCCAUGCAGUUUGGAUGGUUGCAUGUUGUUAAAAAAGCAAGGCUGGUUCCAUGUUUAGUCUCAGAUCUCACCAGAAAAACCCAGAGGUAACCAUGUUCAUGAAAUGGCUAUAAACGCAUACUUGACUCAUUGUAGAUGUAGGGUCUCUUUUAAAAUCUGCUUAGCACAUGCACUACACUAAGCAGCUAAAAUUUUAAAAAGUUUUCCUGUGGUGCUUGAAAACUAAAAUAUCAAUCUAGAACUGGUAGAGGAGAGCACACUUGCAUACUGGAGUGGCUUCCGUGUUACUGAUACAAAUUUAGAGUAAGCAUCUUGGAAUUUCCCAAGAUGUUCUGUUAAAAUAGUGCCAUUCAUUUUCUAGAUGGGGCCACAUUCUAGGUGGGAUCUAGGCCAAGAGCGGCGUAGCCUUACCUGUGCCGACUUCCCUUCUCCCCUUCCAAAGAACUUCCCCUCCGCUGGGCUUUAGGUUGAGGAAGGGGCUGAGGGGAGGGGACUGUGCUGCUUUGCUUUGUGAAGACCAAUGACUGACAGCAGCCCUUAGCUUCUGUCUCUGGGUCCUGGCCUGGGUAGGAUUCCAGAGUAUUCCUUUGGGCCACCUAUGGGCUGUUGAUCCACUUUUGAACACUCACUUAUUGCCUCCACCGAUCAGAAACCCUUCCAGGGAGCAGAGUGCCAAAGCCAAGAGAAGCCCUUUUCCCUGGCUGGUGACUGAGUGAUGGUGCUCGUGGGCAAAGUCCUCUCUCCGAUGGAACUGGACACAACAUAGUGCGUGUCCUCCACAGUGAGUGAUGUCGGGGCUGGCCCUUUCUGAAGUUUAUCUUGGGAUCCGUAACUGCUUGCCAUGUUUCUUACGGAGUUGGAGCCUUUUACAUUUGGUACCAGCGGUCAGUGGAUCCUCAUGAUGAUUAUAUAUAGGGGGUGACUUUAUAAAGCAAGGAAACAAGCCGAGUAAUUAAGUUCUGCCAUAUGUAUGCGCUAACAACAACCACAGAAGCUCAGGUCACCUGGUCUAAGAGGAUCCUUCUUGUCACCACUUAGGCAAGCCCCAUCAUUCCGUGCUGCUCCAAGACCAGCAAGGACUCUCUCGGUAACAAGUGUUUUUAAGCAGGCUGACCUGUGUCUGUCCCGUGUGCUUCUGUCAUUGUUGGCACAAUGAAAGCCUUGCGUGAAACCUCUGGUUUCCUUAAGCUUUGUGUUCUGCAAAGCUUCUGACAUGCCCAAAGCAGGAGGGUCAGGGAAGUGACAUGCUGACCCAUGGGGGCUGCUGUGGACAUUUGGGGAGGGGUGCUCAGUGUUGUGCCUGAUGGACUCUGGAGCAAUGGCUGGUCAGCCACCUGCGUUUUCUUUGAAAGAAAGUCAUUUUUCUACCUUUUCUCUCCAUACCUUAAGUGGUCAGUAGCUACUGAGUGGUGCUUCAUCUGAACAGGCCUGGACCGAAGCAAAAUAGAAAAUGGGGCUGGCUUCCAGCAGGAAGUGAGCUACCUGAGAAUCCGUGAGCCCAUCUGAGUUAGGCCUGUUGGCAGGGGACCUUCUCAUACGUUGUCCUUUUAAGAUUCAACUAAACAUCUGCAAUAGUAGCAGUCCGAGGCAAGGAAAAGAGUAAGGAAUGAAACCUAAAUCAGGGGAAUUUUUUUUUCCAUUCUAUUUGCUUAAUUCAUGGUUCAGUAUUUGAAUACAAUUUGUACCAUUUCAGAUCUGUACUCCAAAAAUAGUAAGUUGAAGUUGUGUGUUUAAAGCAAUUCUGGUGUUCUAUCAUUAAAUUAUUUACCUAAAAUUUGA